UUAAUAUCGCAAGUACGCAUGCGUGGCAGCCCGGGCCGACACGUGAAGCAAACGUUACUUAUCGAUAAGCAGCAGUAUUUGUAUAGUCCGUGCAGCGGUGUUAAGCAAAGGUUUUAAUUUCGCGUAUUGCUGUUCCCCUUCUCCCCAAAACGAAAAACACUCCUCAGUGAAGCUUUUCGCCGAGAGGGCCGAAAGACUAAUAUUUCACAAUGACUGAAGCCCCAGUGAACCCGAAGGCCUACCCGUUGGCCGACGCCACGCUCACCAAAACCAUCCUUGACUUGGUGCAGCAAGCAUCCAACUAUAAGCAACUGAGGAAGGGGGCUAAUGAAGCCACAAAAACCCUGAACAGAGGAAUCGCUGAAUUCAUCGUCAUGGCCGCUGAUGCCGAACCAUUGGAGAUCAUUCUCCACCUCCCGUUGCUGUGCGAGGACAAGAACGUCCCAUACGUGUUCGUCCGAUCCAAACAAGCCUUGGGCCGCGCUUGUGGUGUGUCGCGUCCCGUCAUCGCUACCUCGGUCACCAUUAAAGAGGGGUCUCAGCUCAAACCCCAGAUCCAGACCGUCCAAAUGUCUAUUGAGAGACUACUAGUUUGAUAGUUUUUGUCAUAGUUCCAUAUGUUGGAUAUAUACUCAUGUUAUGAAACAUGAGAUAUUUUUGUUUUUAUGGAGGACCACUUACAUGUAAGUGUACUUGUGUUAUUGACUGAUUCGUAAUAAAACCUGUUAAACCUG